ACAUGAGUAUGAUAGCGAAAGGGGAUGGUGAAAUUUCCCAUCAAACAUGAGCUAGUCAGUGCUUAAUAAUUCCGAUUAAUAAUUAAGACAUUUAUGAUUUAUCAUACUCCAUGGGAUCACGGCUAAUAAUUGCCUCCGUGCUGCAGUUUCGCAGUUAAAAAUUGCCGGGAACAGCAUCAUUUUCUUCCCGAUAAUAGUUGAGUUGAUCUCCUUCCUCUUCCCCCAGUUAUUUUUAUCCUCAAAUCGGGAUCAGAUUCCAGAAGUAAACGAUGGCAGCUGGUUCACCCCUCGAGCUCCGACCUCUUGGCAACACCGGCCUCAAGCUCAGCUCCAUCGGCUUUGGCGCCUCCCCACUUGGCCGGGUCUUCGGCCCCGUCUCUGAGGAGGAAGCAAUCGCCUCCGUUUGUGAAGCCUUUCGCCUUGGCAUCAACUUCUUUGACACCUCCCCGUACUAUGGAGCGACCUUGUCGGAAAAGAUGUUGGGGAAGGGUUUGAAAGCACUUGGGGUGGCUAGAGAUCAGUACAUUGUAUCUACAAAAUGUGGGAGAUAUCAGGAGGGUUUUGAUUUCAGUGCUGAGAGAGUGACCAAAAGUGUCGAUGAAAGCCUGGAAAGGUUGCACCUGGAUUAUGUUGAUAUAUUGCUUUGUCAUGAUAUUGAAUUUGGUUCUCUUGAUCAGAUUGUAAACGAGACAAUUCCUGCCCUUCUGAAACUAAAGGAAGCAGGGAAAACGCGAUUUAUUGGUUUAACAGGAUUGCCAUUAGGGAUUUUUACUUAUGUGCUUGAUCGAGUACCACCAGGUACGAUUGAUGUGAUUCUCUCCUAUUGUCACUAUAGCAUUAAUGAUUCGACAUUGGAAGGUCUACUGCCCUACUUAAAGAGCAAGGGUGUUGGGGUGAUAAGUGCCUCUCCCCUAUCUAUGGGGCUUCUUACAGAAAGUGGUCCUCCAGAGUGGCACCCUGCUCUUCCUGAACUGAAGGCUGCAUGUCAAUCUGCUUCUGCCUACUGUAAGGAGAAGGGAAAGAAUAUAUCUAAAUUAGCUAUUCAGUUCAGCCUAUCAAAUAAAGACAUCUCUACAAUACUGGUUGGAAUGAACUCUGUCACCCAGGUUGAACAAAAUGUAGCGGCUGCAGCAGAGCUUGAAACAGUAGGAAAGGAUGAGAAAUUACUGGCUGAAAUUGAGAAGAUUUUGGAGCCCGUGAAGAACCAGACGUGGCCAAGUGGAAUUCAGCAGCUUUGAUAUCGUAUCUGCUAUUAACUGCUUAGCAUCUGUUGCAUGGACAUUUCCAAGGUUUCUUCUCAUCUCUGUGAAUCCCAAAUUGGUGGUGUCUUUCCUUAUUCUCUUUCUUUUUAAGGGUACCCGGUUUAGUUAAAGCUCUGUAUCACCCAAAGCCAAGGGAAAAUAAAAAAGAAGCUUAGCAUCUUCAUUCCAGAUGGUGACCAUAUGUACUUUAUCGCAUUGCGUCCGAGAUUACCGAACUAGGGAGUCUUACAUAA